CAGGAGCCCCCGCAAAUGCCAGUCACCUGCCUCCGAGUCUCAGAAUAUUCUUCGGCUGAGGAAGAGAAAGGACCGAGCGAGAUGAAAUCCCUGCUGUUUGCUUUGGGCGUUGCCCUCUGCUGCUUCGUCCAGGCUGAAUGGAAAGAAGUGACCAAAACCAGCAUAGAGGAUCUGGGUCGCUGGGUGAUUCUUGCAGUUGCGGGCACUUCAUUAGACAAUGUGAAGCAGAUAAGAAACAUGUCGGCAUUAGUUGUUGAGCUGUCAAGACCACAGGAAGAUGUGUUUAGCGUUUCGGUCUUUCUCCCCACGCCGAAUGGAUGCAAGAAUAUAACAUGCCAGCUCAGAAAAGAAGAGAAUGGAAAAUAUCACAGCCUCUCUGAUAAUAAAACGGUGACGGUGAAGUCAGUGAAGAUCCUAGACGAUUUCAUCAUGACCACCUUGGAAAAUGACAACUCCACAGCCUCAACACUUCUCAGUCGGACACCAACUCCGAAUCCAGAGAUAAUUCAGAAAUUCAAAGAAGAAUGUAAAAAGCUCGGCUACAGCGAAGCUCAGAUUGCGGUUUUAAAACCAACCGUGAAGUGCCAGUAAGAAUAAUAGGUGACCAGAGGCCUCGAAAUGGCCGGGGGCAACAGCUGGGCAUGUUUCGGGCUUGGCUCAAAUUCCAGGGAGGAAUCUUAAUAAAUGGACUCAGAAAAUGCAA